AGAGGCCAUAUGGUUUGGUCUUGUGACUACAUAAUUGCCAGCUACCUAAUCACAUACCAGGAAACAAACACAGUUUAAGUCAAUAUUAGCUGUUGUAUCUGCUGCAGCUUUGCGCCAGGCUUGGUAGGAAACUAACACAGCAAAAGAAUGGCUUCUGAAACUUGGAAGUAGUGUCUGCUCUUCUGUCUGGAAUAAUUGCAUUGGUACUGUAGCUUCAGCUGUAUUUCUUCAUGAAUGGCGUGUAUUUGCCUCCUCUUCCUCCAACAAGAAAUCAUUGGAUUGUGUUCCUGUGUAGAAAUCUGAUAGGAAUUAUCAUCGUUAAUGGUUGAUCUGUAGUAAAGAAACCUGCUUGAGGCUGUAUCUCUUCAGCUUCUUGCAAGAGGAUUUGUAGCAGAAGAAAAUGUGUGGGGGUACACCAAAAACUACAAAUGCAGGGGAACAAAUAGAAAGAGCAAGAAACAACAGUGAUGUACCGCUUGGAAAUGAUUUCUCUUGUACCAAAUUAGAUGAGAGGAUUAGAAAAUCUCUGAGAGACAGAAGCGUCAGCUGUGUGAGCAGAGUGACUAGGCUGCUGCAAAACAGCUGGUCCUCAUCAGAGUUUGACUUGAAUGAAAUCCGCCUGAUAGUUUACCAGGACUGUGAGAGAAGAGGCAGACAGGUCUUGUUUGAUUCCAAAGCAGUCCGCAAAAUUGAUGAAGCUGUGAUUCAGAAAAUGGCAGAGGAUGCUCCUGUGAAGACUUCUGUCAGGACCUGUCAAGCAAGCAGUGGGAACAGCAGUAUUUCUUCCCAUGAUCUCUCAAUAAGUGUUACGCAAAAUGUCAAAGAGCAAAUACCAAAGUAUCAGUACACCAGACCAGCUUCUGACGUCAAUAUGCUGGGAGAAAUGAUGUUUGGCUCAGUGGCAAUGAGUUACAAAGGCUCCACCUUGAAAAUUCACUACAUACGCUCUCCCCCACAGCUGAUGAUAAGUAAAGUCUUCUCAGCCAGGGUAGGAAGCUUCAGUGGAAGCAACAACAACCUACAGGAUAGCUUUGAAUACAUUAACCAAGAUCCCAGUCUUGGAAAGCUGAGCUCUCAUCAGAACGGCUUGGGUACCUGUCGCAGUGGAAGUAAUUUAGGUGUGUUACAGCUGUGUAGCAGCAAACUGCUGCAGGGUGUGUCUGAAGGAGGUCCCCUCCGGCUCAUCCGCAGCGCUUCUUUCUUUGCAGCUCAUAGUACACCUGUCGAUAUGCCCAGCAGAGGACAAAAUGAGGACAGAGACAGCGGCAUUGCUCGGUCAGCAUCUCUGAGCAGUCUUCUGGUUACCCCUUUUCCAUCUCCAAGCUCUUCAUCAUCAUCUUCUAGCAGCUAUCAACGUCGUUGGCUCCGAAGUCAGACAACCAGUUUAGAGAAUGGAAUUAUUCCAAGAUGGUCAACUGAAGAAAUGUUUAGUAUGGCUGAUGAGAGCUGCAGCUCCAAUCCUGCAAUGGUCCGGAGGAAAAAAAUUGCCAUCAGCAUAAUCUUCUCCCUGCCUGAAAAAGAAGAUGCUCAGAGGAACUUCCAAGAUUUCUUUUUCUCUCACUUCCCUCUUUUUGAAUCCCACAUGAACAAACUGAAGUAUGCAAUAGAAAAGGCCAUGAUCUCAUGUAGAAAAAUAGCAGAAUCCAGCCAGAGAGUGCAGGUUUAUAUCAGCCGUGUCAUGGAUGCCCUGGGAGAAUUCAGAAUUACCAUCUGGAACCUAUAUUCUGUUCCAAGGAUUGCAGAGCCGGUGUGGCUUAAUAUGAUGUCCAAUACCCUGGAAAAGAACCAGCUGUGCCAGCGUUUUCUUAAAGAAUUCACAUUUCUGAUAGAACAGAUCAACAAAAACCAGUUCUUUGCUGCUUUGUUAACUGCGGUGCUGACGUAUCACCUGGCUUGGGUCCCAACAGUAAUGCCAGUUGACCAUCCUCCUAUAAAGGCCUUCUCUGAGAAGCGUACUUCGCAGUUUGUGAACAUGCUGGCAAAAUCCCAUCCAUAUAACCCUCUUUGGGCACAGCUUGGUGAUCUCUAUGGUGCCAUAGGCUCUCCGGUUAGAUUGACUCGAACUGUUGUUGUUGGGAAACGUAAAGAGUUGGUGCAGCGCUUGCUCUAUGUUCUAACUUACUUCAUUCGGUGCUCUGAGCUACAGGAAAAUCAGCUGACGUGGAGUGAGGCAGUUGGAGAAGAAGAACAAGUGCUAAAUGGAAGCAAGAUCACAACUGCGCUAGAGAAAGGAGAGAUAGAAGAGUCUGACUAUGUCGUUGUCACUGUCAAAAAUGAACCUGCUCUUGUGCCUCCAAUCCUACCUCCAAAAAAUGAUCCAAGUAAGAACCAUACUGUUGCAGAGUGGGUCUAUAACCCAAAAGGCACUUGCACUGUGCCAGCCUCUUCAAAAGAAAAGAAAGAAACAAUAGGACAAGUCGGUCAGAAUUCUGAAACAUCUGUCGACGGUCUAACUAGCACUUUACAUAAAGGAGCAACUGACAGUGGGGAAAGAGCUGUCGCUGAUACAGGAACUGUGCCCUGCCACUUUGAAGAGCCAUCUAGUUUGGAGGAUGUAACGGAUGUAAGGAAGAACAAAAGCCAGAACGGAAGAAAAGUGGAAAAGCGGUUGUCUGGUAGGUCGUCUGCUUUACCUUGUCCUGAAAGGUCUGGCCACAGGAGUUCACAUUUAGAAAAGGUCACCUUUCGGAUUGGAAGCUCUGCAUCACCAGAGUCAGACUUAGAAACUCGAAGGAGAGAAAUGGAAGAGAAUCUGAAGGUAUUGAGAAAAAAUCCAGAGGUAAUAAUACACUGUGCCUCCAGUUCUACAAAUCUGACUGUGGGUGCUUCCCAGAAUCAAAAAGAAAGCUGUGAAGCUGCCUCUUUGCCAUACAGUAAGCAUAGUGUUUGUUAUGCACGGAUCUCAUCUUGUGAGGGGCAGGGGAGUAUGCUUAAUAACCAACAUAUGGAAAAUAAAGGAACUGAAGUAAAUUUAAAGAACACAGUUUCGGGUGAACUACUUUUGUCAGUUGAUAACGUAGAAACUGUAACGUUGCCAAGCGUAAAAGAAACUAGAACUUCAUGCUCUGGCAAGCUGGAGAGCUAUUCGCCAGGCUGUGUAGAGGUAGAUUCUUCUGCUGUCAAAAAAGAGUCCCCUAAACUAGGUGCUAAAGAUGUCCCCUGUGGGGAUGCUAGAAGAAAAACCCCUUUCAGAGUUGAGGGGGACAUUCCAAGGAAUGAGAGUUCAGACAGUGCUCUCGGAGCCAGCGACGAAGAAGGUGACUGUUGUAUUCCUGAUGGAGUGCGUCACGAUAACGUCAGCAAGCGACCUGAAGAGUUUGCAGAAGUGGAACUUCCUUUACCAAGGUCAAACACAGUCAGCAGACAGUGUGUGAAAAACUUUGGGAGAUCACUUCUAGGUGGUUACUGUCAUACCUAUGUGCCUGAUCUAGUGCUGCAUGGAGUAAACAAUGAUGAAAAACUGAAGCAGUGUCUACUAGCUGACCUACUUCAUGCAAUGCAUCAUCCAGUGCUAGAUGAACCAAUAGCAGAAGCUGUCUGUAUCAUUGCAGACACAGAUAAAUGGAAUGUACAAGUAGCUACAAGCCAGAGAAAAAUGAUGGACAAUAUGAAGUUAGGCAAAGAUGUCUUGGUGUCAAGUCAAGUAUCCAGUUUACUGCAAUCAAUUUUACAGCUUUAUAAACUCAACCUCCCAGCUGACUUUUGCAUAAUGCAUCUUGAGGACAGACUACAAGAGAUGUAUCUCAAAAGCAAAAUGCUUUCAGAAUAUCUGCGAGGACAUACAAGAGUGCACAUAAAAGAACUAGGAAUUGUAUUAGGGAUUGAAUCCAAUGACUUGCCUUUGUUGGCUGCUAUAGCAAGUACUCAUUCCCCAUAUGUUGCUCAAAUACUCUUAUAAAUUAAAAUCUCAGGAUAGUCAUUCCCUUAAAAUAAAGAAUACGGGCAUGUUGGAAGAGGAACAGAGGUGCCGAACACUGGUAAAUGGGAACACUGAAAAAAGCAGAUAACUGUACCUUCUACCACCUUUCCAUUCCAAUUGCAGCUGGAUGUUUGGUUGGAGGACACCAGUUUACAUAACAUAAAAGGCAUUCAGGUGUUUCUUAUAAUCUCUCUUCUGACUUAGUGACUGCAUCCUUGCAUUUUGUUUUGAAUCAAAGGACAAAAGCUAACACUAUGUGGCAGACUGCGAGCUGCCAUCCAAAACGCUGCUCGAAACCAUGAAGUAACAGUUACAGAACAAGUGGGCUGGAAAGGAUUUCCACACAGUGUACUUCUGAGUGUGGUGUAUGUUUCUUUGCUGGGGAAGAAAAGCUGUAAACUAUGUAUAUAGCAUUCCUAUACACAAGUGUAUUAGACGGAACAUGAUUUUCCUGCAGAGCAAAAGCAUGAUUUUGUAUAGUAAAAGUGACCAGCUCAGAAAAGGAAUCUGUUUUUAGCAGCCAAAUGUUACCUGGAAAUGGUGGUGUGCGUGAGGUGAUGUGACUUUUUCCUUGAAGGACAAGAAAUGAAGAAAGCUGCCGCUGCUUCUCUUUUAAUGAGGUAUUCAAAUGGCUUAUGAGUAGAAGUAAUUCUACCCCGAAAAUGGAAUGAACUUCUGAGAUUCUUUUGUAGGAAAGCCUUAUGGAACUUCUGCCACAAGUUUACAUUUGUUACUGAUGCAACUUCAAUACCUUUUUGAGUUUCUGUAUGAAUUUAACCUGUGUCUUGGUGUCAUCAAGUAUUGCUAUCCCUGAGGAGUGUGACUUUGACAAACUUCUGUAUGAUCCCAGUGCUGUAGUGCACGUGUGUACACACGUACACCAGUCCGUUGGCACCAACUGAAGACAAUCUUACUGGGGGAAGAAUCUUUAUGGAACCUUCAGUCGAAAGUAUUACUUCUUUCUGGUUAUUAGUUGGUCAUGCUAGGUGUAAAAGGUGAGCAUUGCUUCAAGUCAGAUGAAAUGUAGAGGGCGAACCCCCCUGAUGUUUGCUAUUAAUAUGAAUGUUUGCAAUUAUCCUUUUGGAUUCUACAGGAAUCUUAAACUGUCAUACGGGUGCCUUUCCUUAGUAGAUUAACUGCUUUGAGACCAGAAACUACUUCUCCAUGAGUCGAUACUGACCUUCUAUAUUUCUAGAAAGCAAAAGGAAAUUUUGUAUUUUACUCUUUUCAUGUUGGUGAUAACAUGAAUGUAAAACAAAUAAUAAUAAUGCAUAAAGCACUGUUGAGCUGGAUGUGAAAUCACGGACCAGACUGAGGAGAGGAAAGAAAUCAAAAAAAGCAUUCUUAAGGAAAAGGAAAAAUAAAUGUUGGACCAUUUUGUUCUGAGCCAGCAGGAGCGAGGUCUGAAAUUGACAGCUUGCAAGUGAGUCGCUGGCAAAACAAUUGUUUGGGAAUAGCAAGCUGAGAAACUUCUGGUCACCAGUUAUUUGUUGUCCUCAUUGGUGAUUGGAGAUUUUUAACACUGAAGGGAUGCACUUUUAUUAAAAGUGGUUUUAUUUCAUACUACCUUGAUGUUUGGACUUUUCUACAGUAAACUUUAAAUGAUUUGAAACUAUGAAAUGUU